AUGGACGAAUUUUCGCUCACAUUCGACGACAACCGGCAGGCGUUGGCGGUAGCGACGGCCGGAACAACGUUGGCCCAACUGUCGUCCCAUUUCGAUGAUCUGCACCUCAACCAGAGCGAUGCCGCGACAGCUACUCUGUUGAGUGGUCUGGUCGGUGGUAGCAGUCUCCAUGGGCACCACCACCAUCAUGGGCUAGGGUCGCUCGGGAGCGGCGGUACGACGGGGGCACCUGCGCCCCUCAUCGAUCGGCAUCAUCUGAGUAGCGUGCUCGCGACCAGUGGCGGAGUAUUCGGUAGCGCCAGUGGCGGCAGCGGUGGAGGUGCUAGUGUGAGCAGCGAUGGCGGUAGCAGCAAUGUCCAAACGAAUGCUCCUAAUGCGAUGGACACGUUCGUGGCCAUGAUGGCCAGCAGCUUAUCGGGGGUAGCGACGACGGUGGGGAGCUCGGCGGCGGGAGUGGCCACCAUCACGACGACCAACAGCGCAGUAAGCAGCGGUAAGCUGGAGGAGCGACCGGUCAAGUACAAGUCGCACACGGAGUGCGUACCGGUACCGUCUUCCGAGCAUGUGGCCGAGAUUGUCGGCCGCCAGGGAUGUAAAAUAAAGGCGCUGCGCGCAAAAACCAACACGUUCAUCAAGACGCCGAUCCGCGGCGAGGAGCCGAUCUUCGUCAUUACUGGCACGAAGGAGGACGUGACGCGGGCAAAGCAGGAAAUCCUGUCCGCGGCCGACCACUUCAGCACACUGCGCUCUUCGAAGAAGCAGGCGAUAGCGCUGUUGGCCGAGAGCCGCAACAUGCUCGGCUACAGUAUGCCGGACGAGAUUACGAUCCAGAUACGGGUACCGCAGAAGGUGGUCGGUCUGGUGGUCGGACCGAAGGGGGCCACCAUUAAGAACAUUCAGCUGAAGACAAACACCUACAUCAUCACGCCGAAGCGAAACCAGGAGUCCGUCUUCGAGAUCACGGGCCUGCCAACGAAUGUGCACAUUGCCCGUCAGUUGAUCGAAGAGCACAUCGCCACGCGGGCCGGUGCCACGACAACCACCGGUGGCGUGGGCAACGGAGGCGGUGGCGGUGGUGGUGGCGGCGGAGGAAGCGGCAACAGUACCGGUAGCAGUAGCAGUAGCAGCAGCAGCAGUAGUAGCAGCAGCAGUAGCACCACCAGCAGCUCCAGCGGAUCGUCGCCAUCGUCCGGUCUGGGCAGUUCGGGUUCGAGCAUUGGCAGCAAUGGUGCCGGGGUAGGUGGCACGAGCCUCGGUGGUUGUCUAUCGUCGGCCGACGUGAACGGUAAUACGGCUUCACUGAUCAACGGAUUGCUAGGUGUAAGUGGAGGAACCGAUAGUGGAGUUAAUGCAGGCAACGUCGGCGCUGGUGUCGGCGGAUUGCUGAACGGAAACCACCAUCACCACCAUCACCAUCACCAUCAUCACCACCAGCAACAGCAGCCCCAUCAGCAUCACCACUCGCACCAUCAGCAUCAUCAGCAGCAGCAGCAGCAGCAGCAGCAGCAGCAGCAGCAGCAGAGACAGCAGCAGCAGCAAGCAGCCUUGCUUAACACAGACUUGGCGGUGGGGAAUGCGUCCGGGCUGUUCCUCGGCAGUCUGGCUGGCGGUGGCGUUGACGGCGAACACGAGUACGACGGCAACCAGUUCAUCAUCGACAACCUGCUCGAAUACUUCAACAGCACGUCCGGCUCGUCGACGUAUGACUCGCCGGCGGCCAUGGCCACGGCGGUAUCCUCCACAGACAACAUGCCUGAUUUCCGCGGCAUCUGGGAGAAUUUUAGCGAAAGCCAGACGUCGGGCGCAACCACCGACACGGACAACUCGUCUCUUGUCUGGACGCUGCCCUCGUCGUCACGCAAUUCGGUGUCGUACAGUCCCGAUGAUUUCAUCUUUCAGCGAUAG